AUGAAGUUCAUCACUGUCGCUAUCGUCUGCCUUGUUGCUGGCCUUACUCAAGGCGCCGCCUUGAGCGAGCAGGUCCUUGCCAGCGCUCACUCGCAGAUCUUGGGCAACGCCUCUUCGAUCCUCGGCUGGCAGGUUGCUGGCUCUCUGCAGAGUCUGGCUCCUAUCACUCAGGGUUGCCAGAACAUCACCUCCUACGGCCACGGUCGCUGGGCUACCCUCGGUCUCAAGCCUGCCGUCAUUGAGCAGGCUUUCUGUGUUGCCACUGUCAGAGCAUCCAACUCCUCUGCUCUCGCACUCAAUCAGAUCAAGCUUGCUGCCACCGACAUGUUCAUUACUCAGCUCCUCCAUGUCUUUGGCGAUGACCCUCAGCCCAGCUUCAAGUGGUUGUGCAACAACUUCAACUACACUGCUAUCAACGAUGAGCUGGCCCUUGACUCCGGUCGUAUCGGCCAGGCUUUCUGUGCCAACCGUCCUUACGCCACCGCUUGGAGUGACCCUUCGCACGAAGUCCUCAUCAUUGCCGACCCUUCUACCUACAACAUGGCCUCCAGUCUCUUCGCUCUCCUGUACAGCUUCAGCGCCUCUACUCCUACCGAGCGUUGGAUAAUGUGCGAGCAGUACCACUACAUGUCUCAGGCUCAGCUCCAGGAGGGCAUCAACUCGACCAUCGUCCGCAGCCGUCUGUGUGUUGAUCACGACGUGCCUCUCAUGCCCGCUGGAAAUUCUCAGUUGCUCAUGACCUACUGGUUUGGUAGUAUCUUCGCUCGCCAGCUUUCGCUCGCUGUCAAUGCUGUCGACGAUGAGGAGAAGAGGGCUUGGCUGUGCGAGAACAUUCAGCACGGCGAUCUUGGUCUGCUGGGUAUGAUGCCUGGCAACAUGUUCUGCGCAUAG